AUGUUUGUAUCUAAUUUAAAAAACAGAGGAAACUUCGGAACCGUUCGUCGAGCAACACAUAAAGAAACGGGCAUCAAAUAUGCAGCAAAGUUCUUAAGACGUCGACGAAGAGCUGCUUGUUGGAUAAAACAAAUACAGCAUGAGAUUGCUGUUCUUAUGUUGAGCGCCAAUUCUGAGCAGAUUGUGAAGCUUCAUGCGGUGUAUGAAACCCGCAGUGAAUUCAUUCUCAUUCUGGAAAUGGCAGCUGGCGGUGAACUUCAAGCGAUCUUGGACGAUGAUAGUUCAUUGUCCGAACAUAAGGCGAGAACAUGUGUAAGAGAAGUUUUGAAGGCUUUAGAAUAUCUACAUCGUCGGAAGAUUGCACAUCUCGACAUAAAACCACAAAAUAUAUUGCUCAACUCCACGAACCUCGAAGAUGGACUUAAACUCUGUGACUUUGGUUUUGCUCGAGCAAUUGAAGGUACAAAGAAUGUUUGUGAGAUUCAAGGAACGCCAGAUUAUGUUGCACCUGAAAUAGUGCAAUACGAGCCACUUUCAUUGAAAACCGACAUUUGGUCGGUUGGUGUUCUCACUUACGUUCUUCUAACCGGCUUCAGUCCUUUUGGUGGCGAUGACAAGCACGAAACAUUCCUCAACAUCACACAAUGUAACUUAACAUUUCCCGAAGAUCUUUUCGGCAAUGUGUCCGACGAAGCCAUUGAUUUCAUGAAACGCACGAUGCGACUUAAACCAUGUGAUCGCCUUGAUGUAUUUGAAUGUAUGAAACAUAAAUGGCUAGCAGAUGAUACCACAAAACAUUUAACAGACCCUCCUCAAGAUAUUCUCGCACUACAACUUGCGGAUGUAAAUGCCAUGAAUUUUCCAACAGACGUUGAAUGCUUAAAAUCGAGUGAGCAUUUGAAAAGAGAUGAGACUACGGAAGCUGUUGAUGAAAACAAAGAGAAUUCCAUAAGAUCUGCUGACAAUGAGACGACAACAACAACGACGACAUUAAAUUGCCAUCAAAUCAGUUCGAAAAUGGUUUUAGAAAAAUCAUUGACGAUUUCAUUAUUUCCCGACGCACCAACAACACCAAAAGUUUGCCGUAAAAUGCUGUACGAAGACGAAGAUGAUCUCAAUACGCAAGUGAAGGAGAUUGUAAAGAAAUAUCAGACGAAUGACAAUCAACAGCAAAAGUCUUCAUCGACAUGUUGUGAAGAUGAAAAUACUGGUGAAUGUCUCCUUUGUAAGUCAACAAAAACAAAACCACCGUCGCUAGAACUUGACACGGGAAUCGUUUGCUGAGCUUAUUUUGAUUCCUUUAAAAUUAUAAAAAGAUGUACAUAAACAACCGAUGCCAAUUUGUCAUUUAAAUUAUAAUUUUUUGUAGAACUUGUAGAUCGGUAAACAUUUUUUUCUUCUCCUUCUAUUUUUUCGUUAAUUCUCAACCGAAGAUUAAUUGAUAAGUUAAAAAUUCGUUUUUUAUAAUUCUCUUUAGCUGAUUAGAAAGAAAGAAGAAUUUCGUGAUGAAGAAGUCUUUUCUUAAGGUUUAAUCAUCUUUGGAGAUUUUGACCAUUUCUGGAAGUCUUUAAAGAAGACUUUGCCUCUUCUUAACCUUUUUUCAUUUGUGCCUUUAUCGUAAUUAAUGAUAAACAUAUUAUAUAAAGAAGACUUUGAAUUUUAAGAAAGACAAACGAAAAAUAACAAUAUUAAAGCUUCAGACUGAUAACAUAUCAAAAGAUUUAACUUCCAGCAAAUUUAAAGAUUUUAAGAUUUUUUCUCUUUAAUAAGCUUUUAAGAAUUGUAUUUGAAGGAUAAAAAAUUAUAAAAAGCUCAAUAAAUUUAUUGAAAUUCGAAAGGAUUAUUUUGUUUGAUUUUGAAUGAAAUAAAUAAUUAAAAUUAUCUCU